AUGGCGCGGGAGCUGAGCCAGGAGGCUGUGCUGGACUUUCUCUGGGCAGCCGGGGGGCGAGCCCCCAACUCGGCGCUGCUCCGCCACUUCCAGCGCUUCCUCCGCGACCCGGCGCUGACGGAGCAGCAGCGGCGGGAGCGCCGCGAGUACUUCAAGAGCCUUGUCAACUCCCUGGCCACCGUCCACCCCGCCGCCGCCCCCGGCGCCUCCAAGGACAUCGUCCUCCGCCGCAGGUACCGCGACCUCCUCGAUGAGGAGCUGCCGCCGCCGGAGGAACAGCGGGAGGAGGCAAAGAAGGAGCCGGAGCCGCCGCCGCCCCGACGCGACCCCGACGGGCGGCGCGGCCCCCGCGGGGAGGCGGCGGAGCAAGGGCAGCCCUGCGGGGGACAGCCUCCGAGGAGUGCCGCCGUCGGCGGCGAUGGGGAGCGGGGCGGCAGAGCGCGGCCCGGCGCCCGACGGCCCCGGUCCCUCUCCCCGCCGCCCCCCAGGCAGCCGCCCCCGUACCGGACCCAGCCGCUGUCCUACGGGCCCUGGGCGCUCCGCCCCGGCGGCACACCGCGCUACCGGCCCCCAGUGCUGCCCUCGGCUCCUGGGGCGCUGGCCCCCGCUGUGCCGCCCCGCUCCCCAUCGCCGCCGCUGCCUGCCGCCGGGCCGCCCUCUGCCACACCGUCCCGCUCCCGGUCCCCACCGCUGCCGUCGGGCCCGGGGGUGCCUCAGCCCCCGACCAGGAUGCCCCUACUGAAGGCCCCAGCGCCCUCUGCAAGCCUGAAGGGACCACCCCCCACCGGAGCCUCUCAGUCCCCGCAGCUGUCAUCGGGUCCCAGGGCGCUGUCCCCCACCGAGCUGCCCCCAUCGCGGUCUCCGGCGUUGCUGUCCGCCCCGGGGGUGCUGCCCCUGUCCCGGUCCCUGCAGGCACUCCCUGCCAGCCCCUCCUCAUCCCCACUUUUAUCAGGCCCAGGGGUGCUUCCCUCCACCAGGCUGCCCCCAUCACAGUCCAGGUCCCUGCAGCAGCUGCCCACCAGGCCAUCCCCAGCCCUGCCGAGGGGAUCCAGGGGGCUGACCCCGAACGGACCAACCCAACCUCAAGUCGUGCUGCUGUACCCACGCCAAACCCUCACACUGCCAUCAGGUCCUGGUGUCCUACCCCCUACCAAGCCACCGCCAUCCCAAUCCCUGCUACGCUCCCCCACUCAGCCAGCUCCAUCCCGCUCCCUGCAGCCACCGCCUUCCAGGCCACCUCCAUCCCAGUCCUUGCAGCCAGCACAGGGCCCCGUAGAGCCCCAAGCCCCAGAGAGCUGUCCCCCAGCACCGCUGCCUGUCUUCAGGAGCAUCAGGUGCCAGCUCGCUUUGUCGGAGGUGCAGAGCACGCUCCCAUCGCUGCCCGAGGACUGUGGGCGGCAGCCCCGCACCGCGCUCUCCAAGAGCUCCUCUAGAAAUGCCCUAAGCCGGGGGCCAUCGGUGCCACUGGGACAGCGGGAGCACGCCUGGCUAGUGGCGAUGUCAGCGGGGUGCUGGGCACGCGUGCGGGGGCUGUUCCUGGAAGAGCCGGAGCUGGCCCUGCUGCGGGACUUCAUGUCAGGCUUCACGGUGCUCCACUGGCUGGCCAAGCACGGCGACGGGCCCGGCCUGCAGGAGCUGGCGGCGGCGGCGCGGCAGGCGGGGCUGGCCCUGGACGUGGACGCCCGCUCGGGCUGCGGGUACACGCCGCUGCACCUGGCUGCCAUACACGGCCACCAGCUUGUCAUCAAGGUGCUGGUGCUGCAGCUCGGCUGCCAGGUGCAGGUGCGGGACAGCAGCGGGCGCCGGCCCUGGGAAUACCUGGGCGGCUCCACCUCGGGGGAGAUCUGGCAGCUCCUGGAGGCACCCCGUGGCGUAAUUAUGUUCCCCACGCAGCCCCUGGCCCGCAGCGUGUCCUCUGUCAGCAAGGUCUCGCUGUCCACUGGCAGGGCAGCGCUGCCCUCCUGCCUCAAGAUUCAGCAUGGCCGUGGGGCAGCAUCCCACAGAUCCAGCAGCGAGAGUGACUGACAGACGGCUCCCUGGCAUCCCCUGCCAGUGGAGACGGGACCUUGGGGGCCAUCCUGCGAAAGGAAGCCAUGCAGGCAGAAAAAAGCU